CUUCUUAAAAGCUUAGGCAGGAGUGUUUGUUAUUUCCACACCAUACCAAGAUUAUGUGGUAACUGGUGAGAGAGUUCAAAAUUCAAUCUUUCUCUCACUCUACACUUUUCUUUUCUCUCUCUCUCAAAAUGCUUCUACUAUCUCCGAUCUCCACCUCUCUGCCACCGUCGUUUCACCGGGGAAAAUUGAGCCGGCGAUCGAUUAAGCCGUCAUGUAGGGUCGUAGCAAAGGCCAAGGACAAUACCGAAACUGGCGGAGUUCUUGAGAAGGCGGCUAUAGCCGGAGGUUUGGUGUCGACGCCAGUUAUUGGAUGGUCCCUCUACACUCUGAAGACCACGGGAUGUGGUUUACCUCCAGGACCGGCUGGUUCGAUUGGAGCGUUGGAAGGUGUGAGCUACUUGGUGGUGUUGGGCAUCGUCGGCUGGUCUCUGUACACCAAGACGAAAACCGGGUCGGGUCUACCUAAUGGGCCGUUUGGGUUGUUGGGUGCGGUCGAGGGCUUGUCGUACCUGUCGGUUCUAGCCAUUCUUGUGGUGUUCGGUCUUCAGUUUUUGGAUAAUGGGUCGGUUCCUGGUCCGCUUCCUAGUGACCAGUGUUUUGGUUAACCAAUUUCUUUUGCGUCGUCUGUCACGUGUAAUGUCGUACACCUAACGUGUCAAUUAAUGAUUUGCUUUCAUUGACCACA